ACAUAAUUGUGUCCCAUCACUGCUCGAGUCGAGUGCCGGUGAAGGUUUGAUGCCUUGAUGUCGCUGCAGCGCGUCGCAAGGAGCGGCAAAGUUCACACAAGCCAGUUCUUCAAGACGAAACGGGAAGAAGCGGAAAAAGAAUAGCGUGAAAAGUAUGGAAGUGCACCGAAUGGUGGUGGAAAAGAGUGUGAAUGUUUGCUUUGGCCUCAACACCACCGCGCGGUUGACGGUUUCAACGGUGUUUGGAAAAUAACCCGCGAGUUGGCCGCAUUUUGUUACGCAGAGGAAGUGCAGUGACGCGAGCAUCACAUACCAACAACGCGCGGUGCGUCGUGUGUGUUGUCUGCGGUGCGAAGGUAAAAAGCGUCGGUGAAAUCAUCAUCUCUCGCCUUUUGCGUUGAAAUAAUCACCGCAUGCCUCACGGAGUUCAAGUUCUACCUGCGUAUCGUCAACGAAUGCAACGAACGCGCGCGUAUCUUGCGAAGAAAGCCAGCAGGACGACGCCACUUGACAAACCCGUGUUGGCAUCACAAUAAAAGGAGAAGGAUAAAGCGGGCGUGCGUGAGAGUAAAAGAGACACACCGAAACAGCAGCAACAGGACUGCAUUUUGUGCGUGCCAAGGUUGGGGUGUUCUAUUAGUAGCUGCAUUUUCGUGUAGUGUGUGGUGAGCGAAGAAAAUAAGCAGUAAGCUUGGAAAAGUAGGCCGAGGUUUGUAAACGAAUCGAGCAGCGACGAGCAGCCAUCCGGUGGAGGAUGGAAAACCUGGAGCAGCUCUCCGACGACGAGCUGCGGCUUCGGCUGGUGCAGUGUGGGCUUCCGCUGCUGCCGGUAACGUCCACUACGCGAAAGAUUCUGAUCAAGAAGCUACGCCACUUUAUCGAGAACGAAAAGCAAAAGCUGCACCGCGACUCGUCCAAGGCCACUCGCUACAGCUCCGGCGAGGAAUCGGACAGUAGUGAUGGGUUGCGGCGGACGGCGGCUCAACGGAAAUCACUUGCCGCCAGCAGCAGCAGCAGCAGUAACACGCGCGUUGGACGAAGCCAACGGGCGACCGUUGCCGGGGCACUUCCUUCCAUGGCAAUGCCACCACCGACAGCAGCGGCAUCGGCAGCAUUGGGCCGCCCGUCGAUGAAGCGAAUCCCAAACACUAGCAGCAUAUCAACGUCACCGGUAUUGUCCACCCACUUUGGCGCAGCUAACGGUGGCAACGCCGUGAACAAUCAUCAUCACGCUGGAACGGCGGGAAGCAGUACGAAAGCGUCCCUCUCGCCAACGUCCAGCAGCUCAAUCUACAUCUCACCGGUCAUCGUACACGACAGCGAGGAGGAUGACUAUCCUCACCCUUCUUCCCUGCGUGGGGGUCCUCCUAUCCGAGGUUUUGGAAACGUAUCAACACCACCGCAGCCAACGUCGCACAGUUCGCUGUUCCGGAAGAUGGCCUCACUGGCCCCAAACAUAACGCCUCCGUCCGCGAACAGCAGUAUGUAUAGCAAUAUAAACAGCUCCGUCGCCGGUGGCGGAAGUAACAACAACAACAGUGGAGGUGCAGGUGCGCUGUUGAACGAUUCGAACGGAUCUUCGAACGGCGCGGCGAACGACUCUUCUUCUCCCUCCUCCACGCCGUACAUUAGCGAGUACACGAAGCGGUUGAUGCAGCUGCGCGGGGAGACGGUUUCGCAGGAGAACUACAACAGUGCCAUCAGUGGAAUCAUUGGCCGGCGGGGAAGCAACAGUGGUGGUGGUAUACCGGCACCUUUUCCCAUUUCAUCUCGUUACGGUGGUCCAAGCCAAGCAUCGGGAAUGCUGCAUCACCCGGGACACUUGCGAUUCAAUAAACCGAACGCAACCGCUGGUGGUGGUGGUGGUGGUGGUAGUGCGGGCAACUCUGUCCCCUCGUCACCGUUGGGAACGGCCGGGUCCAUAAUCGCGGGCAAUCAUAUCCGACAGCGGUACAGUCGCUUGCAAGCGGGAGGUAUAGGAGGCGGUGGUCAGUACGAGUUCAACGAGAACGAUAUAGUAACGCACGCGCAACCAUCACCCGACCCACCGUCGAUUCCGUAUCGGGUGCGGAUCGGCAAUAUGAUCAAAAGGCUGGACGACGCCUACGGCUUCAAGCAGACGUUCAUUCCGUGCGCCCUGCUCUGUCUGCUGAUGGCGUUUCUGCUGUUCGUCGCGUUUAUGUACAUGACGAUCAGCACCGAUCUGGCCAGCACACUUAGCUCCAUCGACACGCGGUACGAUCUGUGCGAGAAGGAGGGUGGAAUCGCUGGCACAACCUGCGUUCAAUCGGGCGACGUUGAACCGGCCCUGGAGUUGCUGAAGCUGAUCGGAAACGAGCUGAAGGCACGCGUUGAACAGCAUCACUGCCGGGACGCAGCAACCGUCUCGGGGCUAAUGUCGGCCGGCGAAGCGCUCAAGUACGCCAAAGAGAACUCCCCGUCUGUGCUCAUCCCACAGCUCACGCGCCACCUGCACGCCAUGGAGUAUCUAAUCGAUCGGAACCCGCAGUGGCGGAUCGAUCAUUGCGGCUCCGAGGGGGAACCGAUCGCGUUCGCGGAGGUGCUCGACCGACGCGCCACCCGCUCGAACCAUUUCACCAUCCUCCGGCCAAAGCUUCCCUUCACCUGCAUGAUGUACAACAAGUUCCAGAAGUUUUUCAUCGUCGUCGGCGCCCUUGCGAUCGCGGGAAUUGUGGCGCUGGCCGCGAACUAUCUGUUCCGGUUCGUCCUUCAGGUGAAGCAGAAGCGGCGCGAACAGGUCCACGGUUUGAUCAGCGAAAUUAUCCACGCCGUCAGUCAGGCGGCGGCGAACGCUUCGGAUGCGGCCGCUGCGUCGGGCGGUAAGGAACAGGAUGCACGCGUUGUCAUCAGUCAUCUGCGCGAUCGGUUGCUCGGGCCGGCCAACAGACGGAAGCUCGGAUGGGCGUGGGACGAAGCGCUGCAGUUUCUCGAGCACAACGAAAGCCGCAUCCUUUUUGAGGUGGGUUCGAUCGGAGGCGAGGACUUUAAGAUGAUGCGUUGGAUCGAUAGCGCACCGUUGGCGACAUCGGUUGGCGGAGGCUCACCGUCGGGGGGUGGACGUGCUGGAGCAGCCGGAGCAGCAGCUCUCGGUGGAGGAGGAGGUGGUUGUGCCAAAAAGUGGCAAAGUCCGGCGUUUGACAAUAGCAACAAAAUACACGACCCACCGACGCCCUGCCUCAAGAUCCGUCAGAUGUUCGACAAGUACGAGGUGAACGAUCCGAACCUGAAGACGAUCGUGCAGGACGCCAUCCUGGAGAAGGUGGGCGGCCGAUGCAAGAUCUACGACAUCCAGCUCGACCGGAGCAGCUGCUGCGUGUACGUGCGGUGCGCCACGGCCAAGGACGCCGGGAUCGUGCACGACGAAAUUAACGGCUGGUGGUUCGACAACCGGCUCGUCUCGAUCAAGUUCCUGCGGCUCGAACGGUACACGCAAAGGUUUCCACGUUCCGGCGCCGGUCCUACCUGCCUGAAGCCGUCGAACAAGAACAACUCCUCCAUGAGCCACCAGCUGUCGCUGAACAAUGCCAACGGUUCUGGCAAUGGGCGGUUCGGCAACGAUCGACACGAUCCCGACACCGAUCCGGAGGACGAGGAAGAGGACGAUGCCGACGAGGAAGAGGAAGACGAGGAGGAGGUCGAAGAAGAACUGAUGGCGGCAGCGACAAUUGGUGCCAGAUCCGCGCACAACCCGCUCAUGGGACGUCGCUCGGGUUCGGUGGUUAAUGGAAGGCGGGGAGUAGACGAAGGUCAGGAAAACUAGGCAGGGGCAUUGUCGCGAGUGGAACAUUUGGAAUUUGGAAUUCACUUUGAACGAUAUUAAUCAUCACCUCUCUCUCCUCGCCCUACCCACCCCCCCUCUCUCCCUCAAUCACCCACCAACCUUCCUCAUUAACAAAAAAGGAAAAAAAAACAAUACACGGAGAGAGAGGGAGAGCUCGGAUUUUCGCUAGGACGCUUUUCACGCGAAGGUGGAAAAACUUUUACAAGAAACAAGAGUACGAACUCGCGCCCUACACGCACACAUACACAUCAUCAUCAUCAUUAGCGCCUGGCCACAGUCGUUAGACGAAACCGUUGUUUGCCAUUUAUUUUUACUUACAUAGUAUAUAUUCUCCGUUUCUUUUUUACUGUUACGAGUUUUGUAAAUGAUUAUCUUUUUUUUUUUAAUCCGUAGGUUGGCGAGAUUUAUAUAUGUAACGUAACGUAUGGAUAUGAAUAUUAGGGUUGUUGUUUUUCGCAAAAUGUCCUCCAACUGAAACAUCAAAGGUCGUGCAAAGGGCGUAUCAAUACAUACAGUCACACAAGAAAGUAGUAUCCGUACAGUCAUCAAUUACAACUUAAAGCCUAGUUAUCUCAGCGAAUACGUGACCUAGGAUAACCAUUUAAACGAUAUUUUGUAGAUAACCAGGAUUAAACUUAAAAUUGGUGACUGUACGGAUACUUUAUUGUCUGUACUGCACAUAUAUAUUUUGCUACUCACCCUUCGUGUCUACCACCAACCGAACGAUGGUCGUGUGGUAGCAACAUUUUUUAAGGUAAUAAAGAACGGACAGAUAUAGGAUGGGACAGAAUUGCUCUGGCCCGAAAACUGGAAAUUGUAGAAAACAGAUUGCUGUUUGGUGCAUGAACAGAAUGAAUAUGCACUUCACCAAUCAUUUGGAAGCUUUCGUUUGUCUUUUUGCCACAAUGGGGUUUCUUUUUCUUCAAGAAACCGGGGCGGUUGCCUUAGUUACGAAUUGGACUGUUGGCGAUAACCAACUCAGUCAGCGCAUCACUUUUGCUUAUUAAAAACAUAAACUACUCUCGUUUUGCGUUUGAAAAUUCUUACAGCAGAGCGAAACGGAAAGUGCUCUGUUGAAAAUGCGGAACGUAACGUUAAAAAAAAACCCGUGUUAGAAAAAUUAACACCGUCAUUGUUAGGUCUAAUAAAAAAAAACGAUUUGUUGAAUAAUUAUAUAUACUAAUAUGUGAAUGUAUGUA